GCCACAGAAUGAAGCCUUUCGUGGAUGAAGGCUCAGAAUAUGGUGCAGCACAUUCAGGGUUUUAGGAAGCAAGAGGACUGACAGCAAACAACUGAAGCCUGGAAAUACUGCAGGAUCUCCAGGAGACAGAGACAGAACCAUACAUGGCUCCCUACCACAUCAGGAGAUACCAAGACCAUGACUGGAAGCUUGUGAGGGAAUUAUUCUCUAAGGGAAUGCUGGAUAAUAUGCCUUCUGAAUUCUGGGCUUUGCUGAAGAAGCCAAGAACAUUCCUGGUCCUCCUGGGGGUGCCCUUUGCCCUGGUCCUGGGCUCUGGUUCCCUUGUCCUGUGUCUCUUGUCUUUAUUUGGCCUCUUAGCUGGCCAGUGGUUGACUUUUAGGCAUUGUGUAGUACAGUAUGUACACGAUUCCUUGAAUGCUGACCUGUUGGAUAUUCAGAAAUCCUUCCUGAGUGGGAAAGGCUCCAGUUUUUGGGUGGCAGAGUGUGAGCAUCAGGUAGUGGGCACCAUUGGUGCCCGUCCAGCAAAGACAUCUAUUGGAAGAGGGAACUAUCUGGAAUUGCUCCGCUUGUCUGUGAAGAGGAAUUACCGAGGCAAAGGGAUGGCCAGGACCUUGGUCCAGACUGUGCUCCAGUUUGCCCAGGAUCAGGGGUAUGAUGGAGUGGUCCUCACGACUAGCAAGUCCAAUCACCCAGCUCAACGCCUUUAUGAGAGUCUUGGCUUCUGGAAAUCCCGUGAAUCACGGUAUGACUUGAACUGGUGGCUAGGUUUCCUCCCACUUUCGCAUUACCAAUGUGAUUUUUCCUCCCAGAAAUGACUGUCCCCUGCCCCAACCCUUUCAUGUCUCUCAGUGUUUAAUGGGUUUGUUUAUUAAAGUUUGUUGACUUUCCUGCCA